GAAAGUCACGGCAGUCGGGUGUCAGCUGAUUUACUGCAGCGGCGGCGGCGGCAGCGGCAGCAGUGGCACCGUGCAACCUCCGCGGGGGAGACGCCUGCUGGGCUCGGGUUGUGGUUUGUCUACCCGGAUUUGAGCACCCCACAUCUUCCUCACGUAACGCCCUCGCCUAGUCCACCUUUGAUCGGGCGCCCGCGGGUGGUGGGACGGACAACAUUGCGGCAUGAGAUGAAACUGUGACAGGUUUGAAAACACAAUGGCAGGAAACAGCCUUGUCCUACCCAUCGUUCUUUGGGGUCGCAAAGCACCAACACAUUGCAUCUCAGCAGUACUUUUAACAGACGACGGGACCACAAUUGUAACUGGAUGCCAUGACGGACAAAUAUGUCUCUGGGAUCUUUCAAUAGAAUUAGAAGUUAAUCCUCGAGCACUGUUGUUUGGUCACACAGCCUCAAUCACCUGUUUGUCUAAAGCUUGUGCUUCUAGCGACAAACAGUAUAUCGUGAGUGCAUCUGAAAGUGGAGAGAUGUGUCUCUGGGACGUGAAUGAUGGCAGAUGUAUUGAGUUUACAAAAUUAGCCUGCACACAUACAGGCAUACAGUUCUACCAGUUUUCUGUUGGAAAUCAGAGGGAAGGAAGGCUUUUAUGCCAUGGCCACUAUCCUGAAAUCCUCGUUGUGGAUGCCACCAGCCUUGAGGUGUUAUAUUCCUUAGUAUCAAAGAUCUCUCCAGAUUGGAUUAGCUCCAUGAGUAUUAUCCGAUCCCACCGAACACAAGAGGACACUGUGGUCGCACUCUCAGCAACGGGCAUCUUGAAGGUCUGGAUCGUUACCUCUGAAAUAAGUGGCAUGCAGGAUACUGAGCCAAUAUUUGAGGAGGAGUCCAAACCGAUUUAUUGUCAGAAUUGCCAAAGCAUUUCUUUUUGUGCAUUCACACAAAGGUCACUUUUGGUUGUGUGCUCCAGAUAUUGGAGGGUAUUUGAUGCUGGAGACUAUUCCUUGCUGUGUUCAGGUCCUAGUGAAAAUGGACAAACGUGGACUGGAGGUGACUUUGUGUCAGCAGAUAAAGUCAUCAUUUGGACUGAAAAUGGACAAAGUUAUAUUUACAAACUACCUGCCAGUUGCCUUCCUGCUAGUGAUUCAUUCCGCAGUGAUGUGGGGAAAGCAGUUGAAAAUUUAAUUCCUCCUGUGCAGCAUAGCCUCUUGGAUCGAACAGAUAAAGGGUUGCUGAUUUGUCCUCCUGUUACUCGGUUCUUCUGUGGAUUCAAGGAACACCUCCAUAAACUAUUAAUUCAGGGUGAUUCUUCAGGAAGAUUGAAUAUUUGGAACAUAUCAGACACACCUGAUAAACAGGAAGAGCUGAAAAUGACAACUUCUAUUAGUUUGCAAGAGGCAUUUGAUAAACUGAAUCCUUGUCCUGCUGGAAUUAUAGAUCAGCUGAGUGUGAUUCCCAAUAGUAAUGAGCCUCUUAAAGUAACCGCAAGUGUGUACAUACCAGCACAUGGACGACUUGUUUGUGGCCGUGAGGAUGGAAGCAUCAUUAUUGUACCUGCCACACAGACGGCCAUAGUACAGCUGCUGCAAGGGGAACACAUGCUCCGCAGAGGUUGGCCACCUCACAGAACACUUCGUGGUCAUCGGAACAAGGUCACAUGUUUGCUGUAUCCUCAUCAGGUCUCAGCUCGUUAUGACCAAAGAUACCUGAUAUCUGGAGGCGUGGAUUUUUCCGUCAUAAUUUGGGACAUAUUUUCUGGAGAAAUGAAACAUAUCUUCUGUGUGCAUGGUGGUGAGAUUACUCAACUUCUAGUUCCACCUGAAAACUGUAGUGCAAGAGUACAGCACUGCAUCUGUUCUGUAGCCAGUGACCACUCAGUGGGACUCCUAAGUCUGCGGGAGAAGAAAUGCAUUAUGCUGGCAUCUCGUCAUCUCUUUCCCAUUCACGUCAUCAAGUGGAGGCCUUCUGAUGAUUACCUGGUCGUGGGGUGUUCAGAUGGCUCUGUAUACGUCUGGCAGAUGGAUACUGGCGCCUUGGAUCGCUGCGUGAUGGGGAUCACAGCAGUGGAGAUACUGAAUGCCUGCGAUGAAGCAGUGCCUGCUGCAGUGGACUCUCUCAGUCACCCGGCAGUCAACCUAAAACAGGCCAUGACACGGCGCAGCCUGGCUGCUCUUAAAAACAUGGCCCAUCAAAAGCUGCAGACUCUUGCAACUAACCUCUUGGCUUCCGAGGCCUCUGACAAAGGAAAUUUGCCUAAAUAUUCUCAUAACUCCCUGAUGGUUCAAGCAAUAAAGACAAACCUAACAGACCCGGACAUACAUGUGCUUUUCUUUGAUGUGGAAGCGUUGAUUAUUCAACUCCUGACUGAAGAAGCCUCUAGGCCGAAUACUGCGCUUAUUUCCCCAGAGAAUUUGCAAAAAGCAUCUGGCAGUUCAGACAAAGGGGGCUCUUUUCUAACUGGAAAACGCGCAGCAGUUCUCUUCCAACAAGUGAAAGAAACCAUCAAAGAGAACAUAAAGGAACAUCUCCUUGAUGAUGAAGAGGAGGACGAGGAGCUGAUGCGGCAGCGAAGAGAGGAGAGCGAUCCAGAGUAUCGGUCCGGCAAAUCUAAGCCACUGACCCUGUUAGAAUAUAAUUUAACAAUGGACACUGCAAAACUGUUCAUGUCGUGUCUUCAUGCCUGGGGUUUAAAUGAAGUUCUGGAUGAAGUUUGCCUUGAUCGCCUUGGAAUGCUGAAACCGCAUUGCACAGUAUCUUUUGGUCUCCUAUCCAGAGGAGGUCACAUGUCCCUGAUGCUUCCUGGUUAUAAUCAGUCUGCUCGGAAACUGUCACAUGGGAAAGCAGAAGUAGGAAGGAAGCUGCCUGCAACCGAGAGCGUUGGAAAGGGAACUUACGGAGUGUCCCGAGCCGUCACUACACAGCAUCUCCUGUCUAUCAUAUCUUUGGCAAAUACGUUAAUGAGUAUGACUAAUGCAACUUUUAUUGGUGAUCAUAUGAAGAAGGGUCCUACCAGGCCACCUCGACCAAGCACCCCAGACCUUUCUAAGGCAAGGGGUUCCCCUCCAACUUCCAGUAAUGUUGUGCAAGGACAGAUUAAACAAGUUCCUGCUCCUGUCAUUUCCGCUCGGUCUGAUGCUGACCACUCUGGCUCUGACCCUGCUUCUACUCCUGCUUUACAUACCUGUUUCUUAGUAAAUGAAGGAUGGAGUCAGUUAGCUGCUAUGCAUUGUGUGAUGCUACCAGACCUGCUGGGACUGGAUAAAUUUAGGCCCCCACUUCUAGAGAUGCUGGCCCGAAGAUGGCAGGAUCGAUGCUUGGAGGUCAGAGAAGCCGCCCAGGCCCUGCUUCUCGCUGAACUGCGAAGAAUUGAGCAGGCGGGAAGGAAGGAAGCCAUCGAUGCCUGGGCCCCUUAUUUACCUCAGUAUAUGGACCACGUCAUAUCACCUGGAGUCUCAGCAGAAGCCAUGCAGACUAUCAGCACUGCUCCUGAUACCUUGGGGCCAGAAGCCAAAGUCCAGGAGGAAGAGCAUGACCUUGCAGAUGAUGACAUCACAACUGGUUGCUUAUCAAGUAUCCCACAAAUGAAAAAGAUUUCCACGUCUUAUGAGGAAAGACGGAAGCAAGCUACUGCUAUUGUUCUACUAGGCGUAAUAGGAGCUGAAUUUGGUGCUGAAAUUGAACCUCCUAAAUUGUUGACCAGACCUCGAAGCUCUAGUCAAAUUCCUGAGGGAUUUGGCUUGACUAGUGGUGGAUCCAACUACUCACUUGCCAGACAUACUUGUAAGGCACUGACAUUUCUUCUGCUGCAGCCCCCGAGCCCCAAACUUCCCCCACACAGUACGAUCCGAAGAACAGCCAUCGAUCUGAUUGGACGUGGUUUCACAGUCUGGGAGCCUUACAUGGACGUGUCUGCUGUCCUCAUGGGGCUUCUCGAACUCUGUGCUGAUGCCGAGAAGCAGCUUGCCAACAUCACAAUGGGGCUGCCUCUUAGCCCUGCAGCUGACUCCGCCCGCUCUGCGAGGCAUGCCCUCUCGCUCAUUGCCACUGCCAGACCACCCGCCUUCAUCACGACUAUAGCCAAAGAGGUGCACAGACAUACAGCUCUUGCAGCAAAUACCCAGUCGCAACAGAACAUGCACACAACAACUCUUGCACGAGCUAAAGGGGAAAUUCUGAGAGUCAUUGAGAUCCUUAUUGAAAAGAUGCCCACGGAUGUUGUGGAUCUUCUCGUGGAGGUUAUGGACAUCAUUAUGUACUGCCUUGAAGGAUCUUUAGUUAAAAAGAAAGGUCUUCAAGAAUGUUUCCCCGCCAUCUGCAGGUUCUACAUGGUCAGCUAUUAUGAGCGGAAUCACAGAAUAGCGGUUGGAGCUCGCCAUGGUUCAGUGGCCCUGUACGACAUCCGGACUGGAAAAUGUCAGACAAUCCAUGGACACAAGGGACCAAUCACGGCCGUGGCCUUUGCUCCUGAUGGACGAUAUCUUGCCACCUACUCAAAUACGGACAGCCACAUUUCUUUCUGGCAGAUGAACACCUCGCUGCUGGGGAGCAUCGGCAUGCUGAACUCGGCCCCCCAGCUGCGCUGCAUUAAGACCUACCAGGUGCCGCCCGUGCAGCCGGCCUCGCCCGGCUCCCACAACGCCCUCAGGCUGGCCCGCCUCAUCUGGACUUCCAACCGCAAUGUCAUCCUCAUGGCGCACGACGGGAAGGAGCACCGCUUCAUGGUCUAACGCGGGUGCUGGCCGCCCUGGCCGCCUCCGAGUUCCGUCCUUUCUCCCAGCCGAGAGUCCUCUGUCCUUCCUCAGUGCCUGCCCGCACCAUGCCGCCUGGGGGCGCGGCCGGGGCCGGGUCACUCCUGCAUGGCCCUCGGGGGCAGAUGCCAGCUCGCGCCCCCGUGAUUCAGAGGCAUGUGCACGCCGCCCUGCAGGGUGUGGCCCUUCUGCCGACACUAGGUCGUUUUUCCCCAGGCAGGGACAGGGGUGGAGGUGGGGUGUCUGCGGUCCCUAGGAGCCCUCCCAUCACGGGGCGCACCAGAAGCCUCCAGCUCAGUAAACACUGUGAUCGCGUUCCCAGCCCAGAUCAGCAUUUGCUCGGAGCUCAACCCCACCUCCGAGCUGCCGCUUGAACCUGGUGGUUUUGCCAUUGUGUUGUGAGGUAAUGGGGCAGUCCUAAUUAGCGAAGUCAUUUUCCUUUGGAUCUCCUAAAAUAUAUUCUUGUUUACCAAAAACAUUCCAUGUUUACAUGGCCGGUUUCCCCCCCAUGACGGCUAGGAAACGACUCCCUCCAGUUUCUAGGGUUUAGCCACUACUUCUUUAUUAACACCUAACAGAUGAGAGAUUAAUGAGAAAAUACACCCAAAAAAAUCUUUUCUCAAUACAGAAAAUAGUUUCCCAGACACCUGGCCUUCUAAAAUGCUCUUAUCCUGCUUAAUAUUCUAUUUAGUAGUUUAAAAUAAAAAAUCAUCACUGUUUAUGAUCUAGUUAAUAUAAUUAUUCGGUCACUGUAACUAAUCUCUUAAGCGGACUUUUAUAAUAAAGAACGGAGUUUGGAAGCAUAGCAUAUACUAAAUAAGACUCUUGUGUCUGUUGCUACAGGUCCUUUUAAGAGAGCCCUCACCCCUUCUCUCCAGAAACCUUACAGACCCUGCAGGGGUGUCCAUCACAUUUCGAAGUAAGCUUUAACUAGGUCGCUUUCUAUAUGUUAAAUUAUGCUGGUUCUUGCCCAUAGUAAUGGGGAAAAAAAUCCAUAAAAUUUGUAUUUGUAUUUGUAUGAAUUGCUCUUAACAAAUCUUGAUGUGUACAUAGUUAGGGCUUUGGUCAUUUCUUUAUUUGGCUAGUUGUUGAUUGGUUGGCUACGCACAGUGGUUUAUUAAAUGCAAAAACGGAAAAUAAUUUGUUAAAUUCAGAGAAGAUAGGAAGUUUACAGAGGAACCAAAAUGAUAAUGGGAGCAUUUAAUUGGAAAAGCAUAGAUUGUCACAGUUUAUGUAAUAUAAAAAAAAAAAAAAGAUCACAGUCUAGGAACAAAUCCACGUGUCAUUUUAUUUUAUUGAAACAGAUUUUUAAGGAACAUGUUAAGAACUUAAGACCACUAGGAUGUCUCUUACCUAUUGAUCUGAAGUAUGUUAUUUGCAUUGAUGACAAACCUGUACUGUUUCUUGGUUUUAGAUUUUGGGUGUUCUUUUAAAAGUGAAUUUAUGCCGCAUGCAUGUACAUUGUAUUUAUAAAGAUUUCAUGUGUAGUUUCCAAGGAAGAAACAAAGAACUAUCCAGUGUAGAUGUAUUUGUUUGGUGCACAUGCCGUUGUGUUUAAUAUAGGUAGAAAAACCUGAGGUAAACAAAAGGCGCGCUUGGUUUUUCCAGUGGGCUCCCGAGUUUUCUCGAUACCCAGCACAUGUUUAACUUUAUUAACUUAAAUAGGGAUUAAUUUAUUCUAGACUACCAAGUUGUUUUGGAAUGAUGAAGCAAAAGUACACCUUAGAGACUUGUUUAAAACAGAGACGUGAGACAGUAGGCAGGCCACCACAGACACACAAGGGAGCACACCACGGGGGUCCGGAACAAAGCCAUGGGGGCCCAGGGGGCAAAACAUUGGGGCAGUGGGCGGAGGCCAGCCUGUCCCACAUUCUGUCUGCACAGACAACCCAGAUCACUGGCCAGUAACAGCCCAGCGCAGUUUCAGACACACUGAGAGGCGCUCUAUAAGUCGGGUGGAUGAUAUCUGGUGGUUGGGCUAACUGCUAAAUGGGUAUUUGCAUUCUUGGUAACACAGAUCUCCCCUUGGCUGUUUUGCUAACUACAGCCCCAGACUUCAUCAUCACAGCUUAGAUGUCUCAGCACUGAGGCAAACUUCGUAUUGUCAUCCCAGUGUAUGCUUUUAGUGUCUUAUUGAUUUUGUUGGCACCGUAUCCGGACCUACCCUUGUAAAUGUAGAGACAUACGCAGCUUCAUUGGUAAUUUACAAGCAAAAGAUGAUAUGACGUGACACCUGUAUGAAAAUGUAAUGAUUGAACUCACUGUGUACAGCGAAUGAAUUAAAAUGUCUGCCUCUCAAGACAUUUCCACUGAAUAGAUUCUAUAUGUGCUGAAUGUCCCUGUGUACAUAUGUGUGUUAAAUAAAACUGAAUUGUACUGAA